AUGCUAAAUGUUGCUGGAAAUGGGAUCGCAGAUCAGUCGUCUACCAUAUGGAACAGCAGCGCUCAAAACGCGAUAGAUGGAAAAAGAAUGACUGAAUUCAACCUUGGCUCCUGCUCUCUCACCGACAUGGAGAGUGACCCCUGGUGGAAGGUGGACCUGGGAAAUACAUUCAAAAUCCAUUCAGUUAUAAUCACCAGCAGCAACAUGAUCGAGUACAGUUUGGACGGAAUUGAAGUCUGGAUCAAUAAACCAGACCCAAAUGAGAACAGCAUCAGGUGUGGAAGGAUCCAUCAGUUUCCAGUGUCUCGAUCAUGGUACGUGUCCUGUGACAAUGUGAGGGGGCGGUUUGUGACGCUGCGUCUUUAUGGAAACAGAAAUCUCAGCCUCUGUGAAGUCAAAGUUUACACUACAGAAUACGACUAUCCCCAGCCCAACGUGGCAGUGAAAGGGCAGGCAGUGCAGUCGUCCACACUGUAUCCCGCCGCAGCCAACAGAGCCAUAGACGGGAGGAGGGACACGUACUACACAGAGAGCAGCUGCAGCCACACCCAAGAGGAGACUGCCCCCUGGUGGAGAGUCGAUCUGGGACAAAUCUUCGUCGUCUCAACGAUUAAAGUUACUAACAGAGGAGACUGCUGCCCUGAGAGGCUGGACGGAGCACAAAUACACAUUGGAAACUCACUGCAGAACAACGGCAAUAAUAAUCCCAGGUGUGCCACCAUCACUCACAUACCUUUGGGAGACACCUUUUCGUUUACCUGUGAGUCUGGCAAAAUGACAGGCCGUUAUGUGAACCUGGUCCUUCCUGGAGACAAGAAGAUUCUGACCCUCUGCGAGGUGGAGGUGUACGCCAAGCCACCAGUGGUACCUCUGAAAGACGUGGCCAAAUGGAAAACAGCGCAUCAGUCGAGCAGCUGGGAGCCUGAUGGGACUCCCGCAGGAGCAUAUAAAGCUGUGAAAAACUGUAAUCGGUACAAGUUUACUCAGUACUGCUGCAGUCGGACUGAGGAGGAGUGGGACCCCUGGUGGAGAGUGGACCUGGGCGCUGUGUACAGAAUCAGCGCCGUCGUCAUCUACAAUCGAAAAGACUGCUGCUCGGAUUACAUCACUGGAGCAAAGAUCAAAAUCGGAAAAAGUCUAAGUCACAAAGACAAUCCGGUGUAA